UAGGCCACCAAACACCAGAUUGAAUAUUGUUGAAGCAUGCUUUCGAUUGGUAAAGUUUCGUACUUACCUAAAUGGAAGCACUUUAUGUGUUGUGUCGCCGGACGUCAGAAAACUUUACUGUUGGGAUGACCUCGAAGGUUCUUCAAAUCCUCAGUCAUUCAUCAUGGAUUCAGCUUGCAACUACCUUCGUCCAUCAACUGUCUUGAGUUAUAUCAACAGCAGGAAGCCAAUAUGAAUAUCGCACUGGAAACCGAGAACGAUAUGUCCCUGACCUUUGAAGGAAAGGUCACAGAAGCUGGCGCAGAAACGAGAAACGGUCACCCCGAGAAUGGAUCAACGCCUAACAAAGACGAGACCGCUAACGAACAGCCUGUCGGAUUAUUGCAGGCCUCCCACCAAGCCUUUCCGGGAAGCCCGUCUGUGUUUGUACCGAUGGAAAGUGCCAAACCUGGGACACCCGUUACCCAAUCGCCCUCUUGCUGGGAUAUCUCAGAUCAACAAGCAGAGAGCAUGCUUUUCCCAGACACAACCAACGGGGUAGAAGACCUGGAGGGCCAGAGUCUCGGAAACAGGGAAGACGUUCCUACAAGUGCACCGUCUUCAACUUGGAGCACACAACCAACAUCUCGAGAAGCUGAUACCACCUCUCGGAAAGCCAGCAAUGUGAGCAUAGCUCAAGCUGCAUCGAUCGCUCAAGCCCAGAGGUCUAGCAACACCCAAGACAAACGGCUGCGUAUUGGGAGUCCGAAGUGGUACUUUCUGUCGUCGUCAUCGUCAGGCAGUGAGCGUUGAUGCCGUUUUAGAAGAUACAAUAGCAGGUAUAUUGGAGCAGGCCGACUUUCGGAAAACGAAAUUGACAGUGGCUGGUUUGCUUACCACCCCCAGUGAUGGGGGAGAAUGCUUUCUUUAUACCACGUUUAUUCUGGGAAUUGAAAAGUUUCUUAUAUUUCUAGAGGGGUUUGACCGUUGCGUGCACUUUCUGGGGUUUUCAUUAGUUUUUAUCUGAAAUUUCAAGCCGAUUUGGUACCUUUUCGGUAGCUAUGUUACAUUAGAUUGUACCUUGCC